AUGGCUUCAUCAUCUUUCAUUCUGCUGGUUCUGUGCUGGGAGUUCAGACUGAGCUGCAGUGUGAAACCCGAAUGGUUCCACAACGUCUCCACCAGUCUCUUCAGUCUCCCCGGAGACAUUAUGCUCGGAGGGCUUUUCUCCAUUAACCAGCUCUCCAGCAACCUCAGCCAGAGGUGGGAGCCGAACAACCUCAGAUGUGAAAGUUUAAAUGAAUUUGGACUGGGCCUGGCUAUCGUAAUGAAAUAUGCAGUGGACGAGGUCAACGGAAACCAAAUUCUGCUCCCCGGCAUCAAGUUGGGUUACGAAAUCUAUGACACAUGCAGACAGUCUGCCGUCAUCGUGAAGCCCACCCUCUCUUUCCUCACUGCAAAAUCGACCAAAGCACUGUCUGUGGAGUGUAAUUACACCGACUAUGAGACCAGCAUAUCAGCCGUGAUUGGUCCUUGGUCCUCAGAAAUGGUGUCCGUCAUUGGAAAAGUCCUGGGAUUCUUUCUCAUGCCACAGAUUAGCUUCGGUGCAACCAGCGACAAAUUCAGUGACAAAUAUCUCUACCCGUCGUUCUUCCGUACGGUGCCCAGUGACAAAUGGCAAGUGUAUGUCAUGGCACUUCUGAUGAAAGAGUUUAACUGGAACUGGGUGGCAGUGGUGGGCAGUGAAGAGGAGUACGGACAACAAGGUGUGCAGCAAUUCUCCAAAAUAGCACAAAGGAUGUCUUUGUGUGUGGCCUAUCAGGGGCUGAUUCCAGUUUACACUGACCCAGAGCCAGCGGUCAGGACCAUCAUUGACAACAUCCUAGCAACCAAUGUCAGAGUGGUCAUCGUCUUCUCUCUUGCGGAGCCAGCCAUGGUCUUUUUUAAAGAGGUUAUCAGGAGGAAUGUGACCGGUGUGUGGAUUGCCAGUACAAGUUGGUCGCUCCACACUAAACUGACUUCUCUCCCCAAUAUCCAAAGAGUCGGUACGAUCAUCGGAUUCACGGACAUGACCCAGACCCUGGAUCUGCUCACUGCCUACACACAGGAUCUCUUCAUCAAACUGAGCGAGGAGAGGAUGGACACGUCUCGUCCAGCACCAAAGCCUGAAAACAAUCCCUGCCCACAGUGUGCGAACUUAUCACUGGCGAAUAUCAGCUUAGUGACAAACCCCUCAGUGCAGCGCUCAGCUUUCAGUGUGUAUGCUGCCAUCUACACUGUGGCAGAGGCACUGCAUAAACUGCUGGAGUGCAAUUCAACUGCCUGCACAUGGGGAUCUGAAACCAAAAUCUAUCCCUGGGAGCUGUUGGAGGUUUUGAGGAAUAUGUCUGUAAACGUAAACGGCACACAUUUGGUGUUCGACAGUAAUGGCAACCCAAACAUAGGAUACAAUCUGAUCGAGUGGACCUGGGAGGCCUCGGGGGUAGAAUUUUUAGAAGUUGGAAGCUUUAAUGAUGAACUGAUCAUCAACAGGUCCCUCUUUAAAUGGCACACUGAAAACUCAGAGGUUCCUCAGUCCACCUGCUCAGCGGCAUGUGAGAAAGGUCAGGUCCGCAGAGUCAAAGGCUUCCACUCCUGCUGUUUUGAUUGUAUCAACUGUUUGCCAGGCACUUACCAGGCAAAGAAGGAUGACAUCCAGUGUACUAAGUGCCCUAACGGUCAAUGGUCCCUGAUCCGCAGCACGAGUUGCACAGAACCCACCUUCGAUGUGUUGUCCUGGGACACAAUUGUAGCUCUGGAAAUGACGUGCGCUGGGGUGCUGUUGCUGCUGUGUCAGGGGUCAGUCAGUGUCGUGUUCCUGCGGCACCGGGGGACCCCGAUGGUAAAGGCCUCGGGUGGGGCCCUGAGUUUCAUUGCUCUUCUCAGCCUGAUGGCAAUGUGUCUCAGUCUGCUGCUCUUCCUGGGACAGCCAGGGGACGUGGUGUGUCGUCUUCAGCUGCCCUUCAUCUCCAUUUUCCAAACAGUCGCCCUCUCCAUUAUCAUGUACAUCUCACUACAGAUCUUCUACGUGAAUGAGUUCCCGGAGAUAGCUGCAUCUCACCUGCACAUUAUCAGAGGCCCUGGGAUGUGGUUGUUUGUGCUGGUCUGCUGUGCUGUGCAGGCUGGUCUCUGCGGCUGGUUUGUUCAGGAAGGGCCCACGCUGUCUGAACAUGUGGCAAAUAUGAAAAUAGACUUUGUUAGGGCCUAUCUGUCAUGUCCAGUGAUACCUUUGAUUGGAUUUGGCGUGAUGCAAGGUUUCAAUACUGUGAUGGCCCUGAUUUCGUUCAUGUGCACCUUCAUGGCAGUGAAGCCUCUUCAUCAGUACAACCUUGCCAGGGACAUCACCUUUUCCUCCCUGAUCUACUGUGUGAUUUGGGUGACCUUCAUUCCGAUCUACAUAGGCCUGACUGACAAGAAUAGGACCAUUGUCCAUGUUUCCUUCACCCUGGCAAGCAACUUGGGACUGGUGGCAGCCUACUACUUCCCAAAAUGCCACUUGCUGUUGAAGAAACCCGACCUCAACAAACCAGAGCACUUCUGUACUUUCCUGGAGGGCGUUCCACCAACAACAGCUCAGGAGGAGCCACAGUCGCAGUCAGGACAAUAAACCGUAACAGUGUCAUGUUAUGAAUCAAAAACUCCAAAGAAUACCUAAAAAUCGUGUAUUUUCGUAAACUUUACUUUUGAAUACAUUUAUAAGCCAGCAAAGAACAUCUGUGUAUAUUAUAGCUGAGUCCUCAGGGCUACGAAACAUAUUGUUACAUUGUGCUUGGUUAUUUUCCUGUAUUGCUAGAUUAAUAUGUAAUCAUGAAAUAGUGACAUAAACUGCUCU